AUGGUUCUCAAAAAGGGCCUCACGCAAUCGACCACCGUCGACCAGGUGCGAGCAGGAUCCAUCGGGACAUCUGCCGAGUCUCCAAUCGAUGCCCUCAUCAUUGGCACCGGGCCAUCAGGCAUGGUCUGUCUCCGGAACCUGCUCCGAGAUGACCCGCCCCUCGCCGUCAUGGCCGUGGACCGUCAGGCCAUUCCAGGAGGCAUCUGGAACGGCCAUAUCCCGGCCUACUCGACCCUGCAGGAUCUCGUGUGCGAAUAUGAAUGCCACGGCGUUCGCUUCCCGCGACGGGAGCCCGCCCGUCGCGCCUCCCGAGACCAGAUCGCAGAGUUCUGCCAUGCAUACUUCAAGGAAUUCGACUUGAAGGAUCAUGUCCUGUGGCAGCACGAUGUGGCCAAAGUCGAGAUGGUGAAGCCCAUGCUACAUCAAGUCACUCUCCGGCCCUUCGUCGACGGGCUCGAAUCCCCGGUCUCCCAGACCAUCUAUACCCGGAGUGUUCUGGUUUGCACAGGACAUAACAUGGAGCCUUAUAUGCCCGAGUUUCUCGGCCAGGAAACCGCCAAGUUCCCUAUCAAGCAUAACAACAACAUCCGCGACGCCAAAGAACUCCCCGAAUCAGAUAUUCUCGUCGUUGGCGCCGGUCCUUCGGCAUUGGAUAUUAUUCAAGAAGCCUGUAUCACCCAAGAUGCUAAGGAUGUGCAUCUGGUCGCACGGUCUGCCCACUGGGGAACCCCCGACCUGUGGUGGCCCUGGCUCUGGCAUCUCGGAUGGACUGAACUACACCUGAUGCGUGUGCUCUACCGAGUUAUGCCCAUCUUUGUUGUCGACACCAUAUUCUACUACAUUCACCUCAUCUGGGCCCUCAUCCAAGGCGUGCCCGAGUGGCGCCCUCCUCUCCUCCCAGCCUACCACGCCGGCCAGUUCCGCAUCCACAACAACACCAGCAUCAAGGAAAUUGACGGGGACCGUGUCACCCUGACCAACGGCACUGUGCUGCAUCCGAAGCUCCUUGUGGCCGCCACGGGCUGGUCCACCGAGUCCGCCUACCUGCCCGAGGGCGUCGCCGCCGGCGAGUACGACUCACUUGCGGCCGCGGAUGCCCCGCGUCCGCUGUACUGCCGCUUCUACGACCAGGACUACCCAGGCAUUUUCUACAUCUCCGUUGCGGCCGGCUUCAUCACCUACACCGAGAGCGCGAACUUCUACAGCCAGGCCGUCAACCAGAUCCUGCGCGGUACCUGGACCCCGCCAGAUGAGAAGGCCAUCCAGAAGAACCUGAAGGAGGUCGUGCUGCAUCACAUCUCGCUGCCGGGCCUGAUCGAGGAGGAUCUGGAGGCAGCCGGGUUCAAGGACUUGCGGGGGGAAGAAUGA